CCUUCCCAUCUCAUAGUGCCUCUCAUUUAUUUUUUUCUCUCUCCCCAAAGCAUUUUCUGUCACCCAAAAAAUUUCCCGUCUCUUGCCCGACUUUUUAAUUUCUGUAUAAAAUAACGCCAACGGUGCACUCUCUAUUAUUUUAAUACUCGAAUUCUUCGAUUUGGCUGUGAUAUUUCAAGAGCGACCCGUAAUGGGUAAUGUCCUGCGAGGGCUUCUGAAGGCGGAGCGCCACCGACGGGUAAGAAUAAUGAAAGUCGACGGAACAGUGAUGAAACUGUCGAUUCCUGUUUCUGUUAAAGAAAUUGUAGGCCAUCAUCCAGAUCAUGGAGUUUAUGAUGCAGAUGCCGUUCGUCGACUGGGGAUUCACAGUCGACCUCUUCCAGAAAGAACAGAGCUUCAUGGCGGCCGCCUUUACUUUCUCCUUCCUCUGCCUCAACAACCAAGGCCUUUUGCAAGGGCCUCUUCUGACAAGAUUCUCACAGCGGCUUCAAGGCUCCGUCAAUUGCAGCUUUCUCGCAGAGCCUUCUCCGACAGAGAUUUGACGAAGCCAGACUUUGACAGAGGCGUGCAGAUUGUUUCUUCGGCUGACGAUGGAUCCAACGUGAGGGUGAAGCUUCGUCUUCGCAAGGACGAGCUCGCAAAGAUUCUGUCUGGAGACGGAAAGUCUGUGGUCGAAGAGCUCGUGGCUCCUGCGAUCCACCAGGCUUUGGAACAGAAGGCCGAGGGUUCGUUCUCGCGACCUCUCAGUUUUGGAUGGAAGCCUAGCUUGGACAGAAUCGCUGAAUCCAAAACCCCAACUCCUGAAAAUUCCGUGCAUUCGUGAUUUCUCACAGGUUCAGAUGUAUAUGUACAUGUUUAGCAGAGGUCCUUAACGGAAUUCAGUGUUUUUUAGCAUAUUAGUUUGGUGGAGAACGUAUGUACAGUUCUGAUUGUAUUAUUAAAGUUCUGAGAAACCCCACGUAGGAUUUGUCUGAAAUGAAUUCCAUGAUUGCACAAUGAUCUGAACAGAGGGAUAUUGUAUGACACGUGGAAGGAGGAGAAUUUGAUCUGUUUACCUGUAUACGACAUCUGUCACUGUUCAAGUGACGUUUUAACUAGUUUGUGUAAAUAUAGAAAUAGUAUUUGUAUU